CGGUUUCAAGAGCAGCAGUGAGACGCAAGGCGCGCUGGGGAGUGCACGUACAUCUAAGUAACAUAAUAAUAGACUCGCGCGCUUACGCUCGAUCGUAAAUAAAUUUAAUUAAUUUGCCCCUCUUUAUAUACAAAAAUAUAUUCUUAUCAUAAUUUUCUUAUUACUGGACACGUAUAAUACCAUUUUUGAGUAAAUUAUGAGCGGGGUAUUUCAAAUAAACUGAAGUGCAAAUAAGUGACAUUUUUCAAAAUGAUGAUGGCCAGUGCAAAAAUGGUAAGAGACAUUACUGCAGAUCUAAGCGCAGAUGUGCGUUCUCUUUCUGUGGAGUCUUCAACUGAAGAACAAGACUCGACUACUACGGAAUCUGAAUAUUCGGAGGAAGAAAAAGAAUAUGAGCUGGAUGACCUACAAAUUCUGAAAACUAUAGGUACAGGCACCUUCGGGAGAGUGUGCCUCUGUCGGGACAAGGCAGCGGACGAGUACCUAGCUAUGAAGAUUCUUUCCAUGGCUGAUGUAAUACGUUUGAAGCAAGUCGAUCACGUGAUGAAUGAGAAAAACAUAUUAUCUGAGAUCAAUCACCCUUUCAUUGUGAACUUACGGUGGUGGACCCAUGAUGACUCAUGUAUCUACAUGCUAUUCGACUACGUAUGUGGUGGGGAAUUGUUUUCCUACUUGAGGAAUGCAGGCAGAUUUAGUAAUAAUAUAGCAAAUUUCUACGCAGCGGAAAUAGUUUCUGCACUGGAAUAUCUUCACGCUCGCAACAUCGUGUACCGAGAUCUGAAGCCUGAAAAUCUUUUACUAGCUAAAGAUGGUCAUUUAAAGAUCACCGACUUUGGUUUCGCAAAGAAACUUACGGAUCGCACGUGGACUCUUUGUGGCACGCCGGAGUAUCUCGCUCCGGAAAUUAUUCAAAGCAAGGGUCAUAACAAAGCUGUAGAUUGGUGGGCUUUAGGUGUUCUUAUUUAUGAAAUGUUGGUGGGCUAUCCACCUUUCUAUGACGACAACCCUUUUGGAAUAUACGAAAAAAUCCUAAAUGGAAGAGUUGACUGGCCCCGACACCUCGACCCCAUUGCCAAGGACAUAAUUAAAAAACUUUUGGUACAGGACAGAACGAAAAGACUCGGAAACAUGAAGUGUGGAUCAGAAGAUGUCAAGCGUCAUAGAUGGUUCAAACAUUUGGAUUGGGCAGACGUUUACAUGAAGAAGCUACAGCCUCCCAUCGUCCCUUCAGUAUCUUACGAGGGUGACACGUCAAACUUUGACGAAUACCCAGAAACCGAUUGGAAGGCGGUGCGGUCCCUUGACCCUGAUGAAUUGAAAUUGUUCGUUAAUUUCUGAUGUAAUAAUUAAUUUAAGUAGGUGAUUUAAUUGAUUGGCGUUAACUAAAAGCAGGGAAUUCCGAAUUCGAGCUAUGGAUAGUAUUUCAAAUCAUUAGGAACUUUGGUAUUCACUGACUGACUUCACUGCGUUUUCCUGCCUCAAGUUAUUUUAGAAGCAAAUGCUUGCAUCUCUAGCGUGGCUAUAAUAGAUGCAUAAUGUGCAAGCUCGCGUGAAUGAGUUUUAUAAGGAAUCGUUUGUAUACUGAAAAAGAGAGAGUAGAGAUUAUUCAAUAAUUGGAGUGCGUGUAGAGUUUGUACAUUAACAUAGCCUAAAAUUUACUAAUUUCUUCAUUUGAUUUAACCAACUUAGGUGUAAUUGAAAAUAAUAUUAACGCGUGAUUGUGAUUGUACCUAAUUGUGUUUUAUUAUUGUUUAAGUUUAUCGAUAGUUGAAUCUAAUAAAUGGGUAGAUUAUGCAAUUACAUCAAUCUUUUCACAUUGGUUUCAUUGUGAGAUUAUUGAGAGAGAAAAAAAAGUUGAGACACAUAGCUAAUUUACUUGCUUUAUCUAGGAUAUGUAUCCAUCUCAAAGAUUAUUUAGGUCUGAUAAAAGAUUAUUACAAUAUUCUUAAUAUUGAGAGUGAUUAUAGAAGCUGAUAAAUCUCGCCAGUUUGUUGUAGCAUAUAAAAGACUGCUUAGACGUUUUGUACAGGAAAUUUAAAAUAUGUUAUUCUCUCAAUAGUCUUACCUUUCAGUACACUUAUGAUGGGAUGUACUUAUCAAAGAAAACAUGUAGUUUGUACAGUUUAGGAGAUAAUUGAAUCAUAUUUAUAUUAUUUUAUAUAAAUUAAAAAUAUGAAAUUAUUUUAUUGUAAUUCUUUAAUAUUUCGGAACUAAUUUAGCUACUUUAACUUGGUCAUACUGUAAAAUUAUGAUUCCUAUAAAUUGUGCAUAGUAUUGCAAUGGAUUGUUAGGAUGUAAUAAAUAGAUAUAUCAUUGAAAAUAGUAUUUAUUAUAAGAUGCCUUCGAUUUAUUCUACAGGCAAUUUAAUUUAAUUAACUUAGCCAUGUUAAUGUUAUUGCUGUGAUCUGUAUUAGUCAAAUGGAAACUCUGUUUCAUAAAAUAAAAAAAUAUCCUUUUUAAUUAAAAAAACACUGUUAUUAUUUCGAUAUGCCUUUUUGAUGUCUUAAUCGACUGAAUUAUGUUGUCGUGAUGAUACAUGUGGCUACAUAUAUAUAAGAUUAUUUAUUUAAAUUUUACUUUUUAUAAUAUUAAAAAGAUCAAAAUCUUAUAAAAAUCGUAACUAUUUUCCUUUGACACGAUUCAUUCUAAUAUGUUUUAUCCGUAAAACUUAACUUACUUUAACACUAUUUAUAAAGCACUAAUUCCUAUACCAGAUUUUAUUGAAAUGUUAUUUUUUUUUAAAUAUGUUUAUUAUUUUUUGAAAUUAUUUUCCUUGUUAUUCUAACACAAAACUCAAACAUAAAUUUAUUUAGAUUUCUUAGAGCACUUUAACUUAAUCGUCUUUACAUAGUUUUACCCUUUACUAGCUGUUUGGAAAGGAAUUACUUAGCUCUUUCAGAAUUAAAAUAAAAGUAAAAAAGAAAUAAAUCACAUUUAUCAUGCCAAAGAACUGUCCUAUGGUUCUUAAGCGAUAUCAUACCAAAUAUAAUUCAGAAUAUAAGAAAAUUUUAAUCGUGAUUAAUUAUUAUCUAAAUAUCUACAUUUAUAUAUGAAGAAAUUAAAGGCAUACAAAGGGUUUAUGGAAAUAUUGUAACACAGUUUUAAUUUGAAUUAUUUAACGUAACGUAACGUGUAACAGGGUUUUCAAAGAGUAAUUAAUUUUAAAUAGAUAUAAAUUUAUAGAUAUAUUUAUUACAAAUA